CGGCUUCCACUCUAUAAACGCGGACAGAAGCACAAAGGUCCCAAAACGGACAAAAAUUACGUGAGAGAGAGUUUUAGAGAGUUUUUUUCGAAAUGAAGAUAGGGCAUUGGCUUCUAACGGCGGCUGUGGCCUGGUGGUUUCAACAAGGCAGCGCCGCCGUGCGCAGAGACUGCACACGCCAGUGUGGGGGUCUGGCCGUACCUUUUCCAUUCGGGCUCGAACCCAAGUGUAUGAGGUCCCCAGAUUUUUGGCUCAAUUGCACCAACACCGAAGGGAGCGAUUUUCAACUAAUGUUGGGGAAUCUUACGAUAAGCAAAAUCUCAGUCGGGGACUCGACCAUGGUCGUCAGCCUCCCCGAAGCAUACCAGUGCUACGAUCAGAAUGGCACGCUAGCAAACAGAAGCCUGGCCAUGAAUCUACCUCCAAAUCCUCGGUACAGAUUCUCAGAAACCCAGAACAAGCUCAUCGUCGUUGGCUGCAACGCCCUUGCGGUCGUGGCCGAUGAAGAAGGGACGGUCAGAAGGGGUUGCGCCUCCUACUGCACCAGAAAUGUCGACUUCGCCAAGGAGACCACUUGCUCCGGUCAAGGUUGCUGUCAAGCAUCCAUACCAGGGGGGCUCACGACGCUCAACAUUACCCUCUCCUCCAUCGGCCAAAACGAGUCGAACUCGGAAGGCGGCCACUGUGCACGGGCCUUCAUGGUGGACAACAGGCCAUUCAAUAUCUCAAACUUGACUCUCCCGACGUUCCAGGAUGUGGGUAACAACACGAGCCUUGUUCUGGACUGGAUGGUCGAAUCGAACGUGACUUGUGGAAAGGCCAGGUCAAACCCGUCGAGCUAUGCCUGUGGUAAUAACACGGAUUGUAAAGAGUUCGGGAAUGGACCGGGUUAUCGUUGCGUUUGCAGGGAUGGGUACAAUGGGAACCCCUAUAAUCCCUUCAAAGGGUGUAAAGCCAUUUGCCGAGUUGGAAAGAAGUACAAAGGAAAGAAGAACAAUAAAGACCGUUGCGAAAUUGCUCCUGGCGUCAUAGCUGGUGCAGGUAAUUCCAAAUAUAUCCCUCCAUUCAUUGGAUGGUUUAUAUUCUAUUAACUUAUAUUUGAUUUUGCAGUAGGUUUGACAUAUUUGUUUUAAGGAUUAUUAGCCUAUGUAAAUUCCUGGUAAGCACAAGCAGUGAGCCCCAUGCUACCACGCGUUCCUAUUCAGUCCCAGGCUAAACCCGUUUACAACUUUCUUUUGUUUUUCUUUUACCUCCCUUCUAGCCUUUUUUCCCGUUUAUCUGAAGCUUGCACUUUGAAACUACGUUCGUGGGAAGA